AAAUCAUGAAAAAUAUUUUAGAUCUGGGUUGCUACACCCUCCAAUCCACUUAUCUGUUUUGGGUUGCUGUCCAUCACCAUUUUCAACAUUUUUUGGUAAGAAAUCAACCAAAUUACUCAUCUUUUCCUUUAUGAUUUGGAGUGGGUUAACUCUAAUCCAUUAGGUUUUCAAAUUUUAGAAAUUUUCUGUAGCUUCCCCUUGAUUUUGUCCAUGAUAAAUGCCAACAGAAACUGAUUUCCUUUACUAGCUAGAAAUUCGGAUUGCAUGACCUUUUUGUAGUAAUUUAAUCAUAACUCUUUGUGUAGAUAUUGGAUUGAGUUGACUCUUGAUUCUAUAGAAAACUAAGAGAUAGCCCUACAAUUUUUAUGUAAUUCUUAAGGAUAUGGGACGCUAAGGCAUAGGGCUACAAUUUAUUUGUUGAGCACUCAACCCAAAUCAGUCAAUUUCUGGGCACGAAUUCUGUUGGAAUUUGUAGAACGAAAUUUGACCAGAACUUGACAGAAUUUUGCUCUCUUCUUUGUUUUAUUCCCACUUUAUCUGCAACUACAUUGCAUCAUAGUUUUAGUAGACCUUUAGCUGCUAUUUUCUGCUCUAAACCCCUAUGUUAUUGCUUUACUUUGGUUGCCCUUUUUGCUACUUAAAUGCUUGUCCCUCUUUGCCCAGUUCUAGCUUGUGUUCUACCUUCUUCUUCUUUGCUGUUGUCUUUUUCCUAGAAAUCCCUAUGGUUCAGGUCCAAAGUCACUUCAAACAUGUUGACUUUUUGAAUUUCCUUGCUUGUUGUAUACCUACAAUGCGAGGCAGUGAGACCCAAGAUGUGAGAAACCAAGGGCAGUGAUGAACUAAAAGGCUAGCCACAUAUAUUUGGACUUAGAUUAUUCUGUAAUUAGGUUUGCUUGACAAAUUAGUUUUAGAUAUAGAUUUUGGGAUUUAAACCAUUCUUUUGUAAACUAGAUUUUAUUUUGAAAUAUUGAUCUAAGUUUAUGUGGACUAUUAGGAAUGAAUUUAGCAAGUUUCG